GUGCUUCUCCGUUUAAUGCGACUCGUUCUUAUAUCAGGGCUGGCUACAAGUGCAUGGUCGCUGCUCACCCCCAUCUCUUAUGUCGUGUGGCCGGAAUCGUUGAUUUUCCUCGGGAUUAAUUUCGUCCUAUCUAAGCUUUAUAUCAAUUCGCUGCUUGCCAUGCUCAAUUCCCGAUCCGAGCAUCAUUUGACCAAACGAGCAGGAGAAGGUGAUAGAAAUUCACUUCCCACCGUCCUCUCAAUCAUGCUUCAUAGUUCCGAAGGUAAUGCCGACGAAACGAACAUUGAUAUUCCGCUCCGGCACAUCGGCGCUUUCAGUGAUAAGUUGGAUAAUCCAAAGGGAGAUCUCGAUUGUCAAGUCUGAGAGUGAUUUAGUAGUUUGACUGUUUGGCUUCGUGCUAUAUAUUUAUUGAGUUAGACAUGGCUGCAUCUAUUUUGGCAAGGUUCGAAGUUCUGACUCGCGUUAGUCCCUGCCAGUCGUUUAAAGGUCGUCUCUUACAAUUCGCGACUCGCUACGAUAUUUUGCUACGGAUCUCUCUCGAAACAAUCCAUGUAGUAAAUGCACCCCAGUUUAUUACAAG